AUCGAAUGCAUAUUUUGUUAUAUGAAGUGAAAAGUGACUGCUUACAACACUGCACAAUUUGUGAUUCUGACUUAAGUUUAAUAUAUUCCGCCGCUACAUUGAAUUUUGGCACUAUUGAAAAUGUUGAGCAAUCGGGACGAUAUACUUCGAAAUGCGCUUGAAAAAAACCAAGAUGAAACAACACGAUGGGAGAAAUAUAAAAACGAACAGGAAAUCGCAAUUCAAAAUCUGGAACAAUUUUCCAAACGUUUAACAGUUGAUGUUAUGGUGGAAAUGGGCAAGAAAGCGCUUAUACCAGGAAAAUUAAUUCAUACCAAUGACGUUUUUGUUUCACAUUUUGAAGGAUAUUUUUCCAACUGUUCGGCAUUCCAAGCGAAACAAAUUUGUGAAAUGCGAUUAAAGAAAUCGGAAGAAUACUUAGCAAAACUACAAGCAGAAGCCCAGAUGUGGCAAGACAGUCUGCAUGCGCCUCACGAUGAGGGCGUUUUUGCAUCUGAAGGACAAGUUGAUAUUGUAGAGGAAUAUGAUGAAGAAAAAGAGAAAGAAUGGCGUGGAUUGCAUAGAAAACGUGUUAGAGAGUACAAAAUGCGUGAAAAAAAUAAACGCCGUGAAGAAGUGGUUAAUGAAAAUAAACAGAUAGAGCAAGAUAGUCCUCAAGAGCACUAUGACGAUGAAGUAUUUUCAAACGAAGUCCAAACAAGAAAUUUACAAUGUGAUGAUAAGAUCAAAGGUGAUGAAAACAUACAAAUGGAACAAGAUACCCAAGAGGUACCCCAUGAGCAGAUUUUGUCACUUGAAAAAAUUCAACAUCAAACAAUAAGAAAGUUACAAUCUAAUGAAGAAGUCAAAAAAGAAAAAUUACUUAAUGAAAAUGUACAAAUGGAACAACAUAUCCAAAAGGCACCUCAUGAAGAGAUUUUGCUACUUGAAAAAAGUAAAGACCUAGAGACAAUAUUUCAUGAUAAUGCACAGAGAGAACAUGAAGAAAAUGAAUUUGAGCUAAUUAAAGAUAACACCAUAAGCUUUGACACGAUUAAACAACUAAUGGGUGACAACAAUGUCACACAAAAAAAGCGUCGGGUUGCUCAUGUUGCCAACACAGACGGCACGAAGAAAAAUGAUGUUAAUGAAAGUGUCACUCUUAAAAAUAAAGAUUUAGUUUUAAAUGAACAAGAUGUUAACACUGAAAUUAUAGAUGAUGAAGAAAGUGAAAUACAUUCCGAAGUCAAGGAUAUAAUACAGCAAGCCAAAUCUCUACCUCUUCAGGAUCAACUUAAAUUUUUAAAAAAACACUUAUUAAUGUUCGAAGAAGAGCAUUUAGAAAUAAAAAUAAAAUCAUCGGAGGACAUAGAAAAAAAAAUACAUAUACAAGAAAUAUGUCAACAAUUAUGGGAUUUUAUUUAUUCAUCAGAAUUAAUUAGUAAUUACAAAACUGUAUUAGACAUUGAUGAAAAUACUGAUGAUGAAAAUACUAAUUCUGAAACAAAAAUCGGUGAAAACCCUGCAGAAAAAAAACUUAAGAAAAGUGUAUCAUUUCCAUUUGAAGAUGAAGUAUUAGAAUAUCAAAAAAUUGAUACAGUAGCAGAUAUGUUGAAAUUUAUAAAACCUUUAAACGUUGGAGAAAAUACAAAAGUUGAAAAUAGAAAAGAAAAAAUUUCGAAAAAAGUUGAAGAAAAUUUAAAGUAUAUUAGUGAAAAUCAAAGCAUACAAAAUUGUAAUUUAAUCGAUCAAAUAAUUACAGAGUCUACCAAUGAAAUUUAUACAUCGUACAUACAAGUGAAGCAUUCGUCAGCACCGACUUAUAAAAAUAUUUCUACUGAUAACAAUAAUCAUGAUGAAGUACCAACAUCACCAGCUGAUAUUUAUAUAAAUUAUUUAAAAACUUGUGAUGUAAAUUCCAAAAAUUGUGUAGAAGAACAAGAGCCUGACGUUAAUGUACCUAUUUUAUGUGAAAAGGAAAGAAUCCGAGCAUUUAAAAGUCCAAAAGAAGAGUUUUCAGUGCCAAAGAAUAGUCAGAUUACUAGCAGUUCAUCCGAGGGAAAGGCAUUAAAAUCUAUACUACGUAACAAAAUCAAUGUAGAGAAUGAAAGACCACAGAACGAAAAGGCUCAAGUGAAACCAAUGGAUGUGCCUAAUUGUAGGGGUAUUUUCGACAAGGUUGUAAAAGAUGUGAAGGAACAUAAAGAGCCAGAUCCUUUACCAAAAGGAAAGUUUGUAAAUGCACAUGCCCCUAAGAUAAGAAUUAGUAAUUUUAAGAGGGAUCGCGAAAAAAUAAAGCAAACCUGAUUAAUAACUUUCUACUGCUAAAAGAGAAAAACUGUUUUUCAUUGUAAUUACAAUAUACAUGAAUUAAAUGUAUUUCAAACAAUAACAAAUAAAACAAAUGUACAGUAAAAAAUA